AUGUCCUCUCAGACCCCAGAUAUCUCCCCUUCUUAUGAUAAUAAUGAUGAUAUCCAUGAUCUCGCUUUUGCCAAAAGAAGGUGCUGUUGGAUACCAUGUUUAACCACAGAUCCAGUACCGUCAUCCAGUGGUACUGCUGGACCAGGAUUUUGGCAAAGAAUCAAGCCUGUAGACCGCACAACGAGCCCAGAAUCAUGGUGGUUUCGGGGAUGGAUGAGAAUCCGGGAUUGCUCAGAACUACUUGCAGGCCCCAGAUGGAAAACAUUUCUGCGGAGGUUUAAUAAGAAGCCAGGCGGUGGCACUCAAUACGGGAGAUUUCAGUAUGAUCCUUCGAGUUAUGCCCUUAACUUCGACCAGGGUUCAAGACGACGUCCCGAGGAUGAUGAUCUUAUGGACAGGAACUUCUCAUCCAGGUACUCCCUCCCGCCUUCUCGUAAGUCAUCUAUUGAUUUCGACAAGGAGGGGUUGUUGAUCACAUGA